UUCUUACAGUAGCCUAUCUGUCAUAUGAUGAGUCGAAUCGUGUGCUAACAUUCCAAGUUAGCAAAUUCAUUCUGACACUCAGUUUUGAUUAACUUGCACGCUUAAAAUGUCUAAGGACACAAAACCAAAGGGGAAAACCUUCCUCUACACAUCUGAAUCUGUGAGAGAGGGGCACGCAGACAAAAUGUGUGACCAAAUCAGUGAUGCUGUUCUGGAUGCAUACCUGUCCCAAGACCCUAACUCAAAAGUGGCAUGUGAGUGUGUGGUCAAGACGGGCAUGGUUCUUCUGUGUGGAGAAGUGACAUCCAAGGCAGUGGUGGACGUCCAGAAGGUGGCUCGAGAUACCAUAAAGAGGAUUGGCUACGACGGCUCUGCCAAAGGUUUUGACUACAAGACAUGCAAUGUCCUUGUGGCCAUGCAACCCCAGUGUACAGAGAUAUCUAACUGUGUCUUCGAGGGCAGAGAGGAAGAGAACAUUGGAGCAGGUGACCAAGGUAUGAUGUUUGGCUACGCAACAGAUGAAACGGAGGAGUGUAUGCCACUGACUAUUAUCUUGGCUCAUCAGCUCAAUGCUAAAAUGACAGAGCUGUCAAGUAAUGAAUGCCCCUGGAUCAUGCCUGACGGCAAGACACAGGUUACAGUGGAGUACCGUGACAACAUGGGUGCCAUGGAGCCCCUGCGCGUCCACACUGUUGUAAUCUCCGUACAGCACACUCCCGACAUCACGCUGCAGGAGAUCAGACACCAGCUUUUGGAAAAGGUUGUUAAGGUCGUUAUCCCCGCCAGAUACCUGGAUGACAGGACCAUCUAUCACCUCUUGCCCAGCGGGAAGUUCCUGGAUGGUGGUCCACAGGCUGAUGCUGGGCUCACCGGUAGAAAGAUUAUUGUGGACACGUAUGGUGGCUGGGGUUCUCACGGAGGGGGUGCUUUCUCCGGCAAGGACCCGUCCAAAGUGGAUCGCUCUGGGGCCUAUGCGGCGCGCUGGGUGGCCAAGUCUCUGGUGAAAGCCAAGCUCUGCAAGCGAGUCUUAGUGCAGAUAUCCUAUGCUAUUGGAGUGAGUCAUCCAUUAUCCGUAUCCAUUUUUCAUUACGGCACGUCAACAUUGGAUGAGGACCAACUACUGGACAUUGUAAAUAAAAACUUUGAUUUGAGACCUGGGAUUAUUGUCAAGGAGCUGGGGUUGAAGAGUCCCAUCUACCAAGCCACUGCCUGCUAUGGACACUUUGGAAGGGAUGCCUUUUCUUGGGAGAAACCGAAGACCCUUGUAUUUUAAAAUAGCUGAGAAAUAAGAAUUCCAGAAGAGACUCAAAUAAAAUAAUUAUGUUUUUGAAUUCCCAUUAUUGAUUAUUGAAAUCAAGAUUUUGUUGGAGCUAUAUACUGUACAUGGGACAGCAUAGUAUCUAUGAACCAAUACUGUACAAUACAUUGUUAAAAGUGUUUUACAUGCCAUGGGCAUCAUUUUAGUCAUAUAUUGUCAUGCAUAAUGAUUGAAAGUACAUUUUCAUAUGAUGAAAUAAAGAAUGCUAUGAAAUUC